UCAGUCAUCAGGAUGCAAAUCUUUCUUUACACACUCCUAUUUUUUCACCAUCUUCAUACAAAAGCAGAGAAGACUAUUUGCCGAAAGUUGGGAGACCCUAAGUACCCACUGCUGUUCAAAGAUGGAGAUGUAACUAUUGGAAGCCUUUUUGCAAUCCACAGUAAAGAAACAUUACCUUCCUUUGAGUUUACAAAAAAACCUCAAUUUCUAUCAUGCUCCAGUGUGAAUGUAAGAGACUUUCGGAUGGCUCAAACCAUGAUCUUUGCUGUUGACGAGAUUAACAGAAUUGAAAGUUUGCUCCCAAAUGUUUACAUCGGCUACAGAAUCUAUGAUACCUGUGGAUCAAGACUGUCAUCAAUGAGUGCAACUAUGGCAUUGAUGAAUGAUCAGGAUUUUACAGCAGAGGACCACUGUAAUGGACAAUCUCCUAUACAUGCUAUCAUAGGGGAAACAGAGUCUUCCUCUACGAUAGUUCUUUCUAGGACUACAGGACCUUUUAAAAUUCCAGUGAUAAGUCCCUCAGCCACAUGUGAAUGUCUUAGUAAUAGAAAAGAGUACCCUUCUUUCUUCAGGACUAUUGCCAGUGAUUUCCAUCAGAGCAGAGCCCUUGCAUACAUAGUUAAGCACUUUGGCUGGUCUUGGGUGGGAACUAUAAACAGUGACAAUGAUUAUGGAAACUAUGGAAUGGCCAUAUUUCUAAAAACAGCCCAGGAGGAGGGUAUUUGUGUAGAGUACUCUGAGAAAUUCUACAGAACAGAGUCUGAAAACCUCCAAAAAGUUGUAGACAUCAUAAAACAAGGCACUGCAAAAGUGGUUGUUGCAUUUAUUUCCCAUGUUGAGAUGGGCAAUCUGCUUGAGCAGUUAAGUAUUCAGAACAUCACUGGCCUCCAAAUGAUUGGAGUAGAGGGAUGGAUAACUGCAAAGAGUCUGAUGACGCCAAACACUUUUCAUGUGCUGGGAGGAUCACUGGGAUUUGCAGUGAGGAAAAUUGAUAUAGAAGGGUUUUCAGAUUAUGUUAUCAAAGCAUUCUGGGACAAAUAUUUUCCAUGCUCAGAAAGAGAUGGGAAUUUGUCUCAACAUGAAUUGAAUUGCAGAAAAUAUCAGGAUCUACUUUUCUUGAAAAAUUACAAUGAAGAUGUGCCUGAAGAAAGAUAUUUAAGCAAUGUAUACAAAGCUGUGUAUGCUAUAGCUUAUGCACUACACAAUCUACUCAAGUGCAAAGAACAUAUAGGCUGUGAGAAAGGCAUGGCGAUAAAACCACAUCAGGUGGUUGAGGCUCUGAAAAAUGUAAAUUUCACAGUAAAGUUUGGAGAUCAUGUGCAGUUUGACAGCACUGGUUCUGCAGUAGCCCAGUAUGAAGUUGUAAACUGGCAGCAGGACUUAAAUGGAUCAAUCCAGUUUAAGCAUGUGGGCUACUAUGAUGCGUCAAAGGCUCCCCACCAGCGCUUUGUGCUUAACAUCGAAAACAUAAUCUGGGCUGGAGGACAGUUGGAGAAGCCCAGGUCUGUGUGCAGUGAGAGCUGUCCACCAGGAACUAGGAAGGCUGCCCAGAAAGGAAGACCUGUCUGCUGUUAUGACUGUAUUCCAUGUGCAGAAGGAGAAAUCAGUAAUGAGACAGAUUCAAAUAACUGCAAGCUGUGUGCAGGGGAAUACUGGUCUAAUGCUGAGAAAAAUGAAUGUGUGUUAAAGGCUAUAGAGUUUCUUUCAUUCACAGAAGUUCUGGGUAUUUUGCUAGUUUUUUUCUCACUGUUAGGAGCAGGAUUAACUGCGCUGGUGGCUCUCCUGUUAUACACCAAGAAGGACACCCCCAUAGUAAAAUCUAAUAACUCAGAAUUGAGUUUCCUGCUACUCUUCUCACUGACUCUGUGUUUUCUCUGUUCACUUACUUUUAUUGGUCGGCCCACUGAGUGGUCCUGUAUGUUGCGCCACACAGCGUUUGGGAUAACUUUUGUCCUCUGUAUCUCCUGUGUUCUGGGGAAAACAAUAGUGGUGUUAAUGGCCUUCAAGGCUACACUUCCAGGAAGUAAUGUCAUGAAAUGGUUUGGACCUGCACAACAACGACUCAAUGUUCUUGCCUUUACAUUUAUACAGGUUCUUAUCUGUGUGCUGUGGCUAACAAUAUCCCCUCCUUUUUCCUACAAAAAUAUGAAAUACUAUAAGGAAACAGUCAUUCUUGAGUGCAGUUUGGGUUCUACGAUUGGUUUCUCUGCUGUGCUGGGUUAUAUUGGGCUUCUUGCCCUGUUGUGCUUCAUUCUGGCAUUUCUGGCUCGCACACUGCCUGAUAACUUCAAUGAAGCCAAAUUCAUCACAUUCAGUAUGCUCAUAUUCUGUGCUGUAUGGAUCACAUUUAUUCCAGCUUAUGUCAGUUCCCCUGGAAAAUUUACUGUAGCUGUGGAGAUAUUUGCCAUUUUAGCCUCAAGCUUUAGUUUACUAUUCUGUAUAUUUGCACCUAAAUGUUUUAUCAUCCUGUUUAAGCCUGAACAAAAUACAAAGCAACAUGUUAUGGGAACAUUUUCUAAAUCUCUUUGA